AUCAUUUAUGAUUCACGGCAACAAAAUAUGUGUUCUCGUGCAGAUUUUGUUGAACAGCUGACCGAGGGCCGCUAUCUUGCCGAACGAGGCAAACGUGCGCCCAUGAGCACGGACGUUAUGCGCGCGAGGUAUUGCCUCGUGAGGCGUGCGGUCAGUGUGGACCCGGCUAAUAUUUGUUUGUGUUUUUAUCUGUCAAAAUGUCAAUCAUUUCUUAUCAGUUAACUGGGUUGCUUAUCAACUACUUGGUAUAAAAGGGUUAUUAGUGAAGUAAAUACCUAGCAUUGUACAAUUACUUAUUAAGAGAUACUGCACCAUAGGACAUCUAGAAAAUGCAUUCUAAUUCGAAAUCAUCGCCUUCUAUAGUUGUUAUUGGAUCCUGCAGUGUUGAUUUUACAACAUAUGCUCCAAGAUUACCUAUGCCGGGUGAAACUCUUCAUGGCUCUAAAUUUUCAACUAGUUUUGGAGGAAAAGGUGCUAAUCAAUGUGUAGCAGCCGCAAAACUCGGAGGGAACACAUAUAUGAUUGGUAGGGCAGGUGAUGACCAGUGGGGGUUGAAGUACAAGGAGCAUUUAAAAUCAGAAGGCGUAAACGUAUCUCAUUUUUUUACUACUCCAAAUGUCACAACUGGGAUUGCACAAAUAUCUGUUGCAGAAAGUGGUGAAAACCAGAUAGUCAUUGUUGCCGGUGCUAACAAACUUUUGAGUAAAUCUGAUGUACAGUCAUCUGCUGAACUAAUAAUUAAUGCAGAUGUUUUAAUUGGCCAACUAGAAACUCCAUUGGAAACUACUUUGGAAGCAUUUAAGUUAAAUAAAGGAGUGAAACUGUUGAAUGCAGCCCCUGCAAGGUCCGACAUUCAGGAAAUUUUACAAUACUGUACUAUACUUUGUGUAAAUGAAUCUGAGGCUGCUUUAAUCAGCGAUGUGGAAGUUACUAAUUCAAAUAUAAAACAAGUGCUGGCUAAAUUACUGGACUCAGGGUGUGAGACAGUUGUUAUCACAUUAGGUGAAAAAGGAGCUGUUUAUGCCACCAAGCUUGAUCCCCAACUAAUUCAUGUCUUCUGCAGAUCAGUUAAACCAGUGGAUACCACAGGUGCUGGAGAUGCAUUUGUUGGAGCCUUGGCAACUUUUCUAGUGGAACAUAAAGAUUUGCCUCUUCAUCAGAUCAUUGGAGCGGCGUGUGAAGUGGCUACCAUUUCAGUCACCAAGGAAGGAACUCAGACAAGCUAUCCGUCCAAUAUCAAUGUCUUUACAAACAAAUAUGAUUUUAUAAAAUUGUGAUAUUUACUUAUAGAAUAAGAAUUAAAUAAAACUAUUAGUUACAAACUUUAACCAUC